CUGAGGAUGGAUAAAGACUUCCGCUACUACUUCCAGCACCCGUGGUCUCGCUUAGUUGUGGCUUACUUAGUGAUCUUCUUUAACUUCUUAAUAUUUGCUGAGGACCCAGUAUCCCACAGCCAGACAGAAGCCAAUGUUAUUGUUGUUGGUAAUUGUUUCUCCUUUGUAACAAACAAAUACCCUGAAGGAGGAGGCUGGAGAUUUUUGAAGGUCUUUCUGUGGCUCCUUGCCAUUCUCACAGGACUGAUAGCUGGGAAAUUUCUCUUCCAUCAGCGCUUGUUUGGUCAGUUGCUCCGUCUGAAAAUGUUUCGAGAGGACCAUGGGUCUUGGAUGACGAUGUUCUUCAGUACCAUCCUCUUCCUCUUCAUAUUUUCUCACAUUUAUAACCUGUUCCUCAUUAUGGCAGGGAAUAUGAGUGCAUACAUUAUAACAGACUUCAUGGGCAUCAGGAAUGAAAAUUUUAUGAAGGUAGCUGCAGUUGGGACUUGGAUGGGAGAUUUUGUCACAGCAUGGAUGGUCACAGAUAUGAUGCUUCAGGAUAAACCCUACCCAGACUGGGGAAAGUCUGCCAGAGCUUUCUGGAAGAAGGGAAACAUUAGGAUCAUUUUAUUCUGGACGGUUCUGUUUACUCUGACCUCUGUAGUUGUGCUUGUCAUCACUACUGACUGGAUCAGCUGGGACAAGCUGAAUCGUGGAUUUCUGCCAAGUGAUGAGGUCUCAAGAGCCUUCUUGGCUUCUUUCAUCUUGGUGUUUGACCUUCUUAUUGUCAUGCAGGACUGGGAGUUUCCACAUUUUAUGGGUGAUGUUGAAGUGAAUCUUCCAGGCUUGCCUUCAGCACACAUGCAAUUCAAAGUACCUUAUUUCCAAAAGAUACUGAAAGAGGAAUAUCACAUACACAUAACAGGCAAAUGGUUUAACUAUGGAAUUAUCUUCCUUGUUUUAAUCUUGGAUCUAAAUAUGUGGAAGAACCAAAUAUUUUACAAACCUCAUGAAUAUGGUCAAUAUAUCGGUCCUGGACAGAAGAUCUACACAGUGAAGGACUCAGAGAGCUUGAAAGACCUUAACAGAACUAAGUUAUCUUGGGAGUGGAGAUCCAAUAACACAAACCCUUUGACGAACCGGACCUAUGCCGAAGGGGACAUGUUCUUGCACAGCAGGUUCACAGGCUCCAGCCUUGAUGUCAAAUGCCUGGCUUUUAUUCCAAGUUUGCUGGCUUUUGCUUUGUUUGGUUUCUUCAUCUGGUUCUUUGGGCGGUUUCAGAAAACUGACCAAGGCAUGGAGAAUUUGGACAAAUCGUACACAAGAAUGAAACGAAAGUCACCAUCAGAUAUGGGAAUGACACGAGAAAAUACACAGGUUUUAGAAGAACCAUUGAAUUUUCAAGAACCACACCUGGUAUCCAUAAAAUCAGACUUAAGUGAAAUAGUUUUUAAUUCUUCUCUUCUAACUUCUGAAAACUUGAACGCACAACUGAACGAACAAGACAGCCCUUUACAGCCAGUACCAGAGUCCUCUGUCCCUAAGAAUAAUCCUGUGACAUAGAGGAAAAUACCCAGGAAAAUCAGUUUAAAUAAGCAGUUGCUCUAAGAUUUCAGUUUUACCUUUUGUAAGUUAAGAUUUACAUAGUGUUUAGAAUAAGAAACUCAACCUAUACCAAGAGGUGCUCAGCAUGCUUUUUCUAGGAAUUUUGGUUUUUAUUUGUAUUAUAGUAUGUGCCUAUUGUAUAUCUAACAUUCCUUUAUAGAUUGCUUCCCAAAAUUGCACAAGCUAUUUAUUAAUACAUUACCUUAACUGUACAAUAGUGUAUUAGAUGAUUACUUGCAGGUAUAAAAUUCUACCGUGGUGGUGCCUUGAGACAUUAAACUGUUUUUUAACUCAA